GUCAGUAAAAAAAGCAACAUGGCUGCAGGAAUUCAACGCCUUUCGAGACAAGCGUUAGUGACGUUUAUGACAAGAGAAACGGCGGCGUUCUCUUCCAACUUUGAAAGGUUAAAAACAAUGCUUGAUUCAAUCACAGCAGAGGACAUAAAGCUUGCUGUUCCAAAUCAUAUAGAGCAGAGUAAUGGAAGCUACACGGGAGCACCUGCUACUCAUGUGUCGAUAUUUGAGUGUCCAUUCUUUUCUUUGGGAGUAUUUAUAUUAAAAAAGGGAAGUUCAAUUCCACUUCAUGAUCAUCCCGGAAUGUUUGGUUUGUGUAAAGUUGUUUAUGGUAAAAUAUCAGUUGAGUCGUAUCAAAGACAGUCUGAGACCUCAUUGAAUGGGAGAACAGAUGGGUUCUCCAGGCACCCUCUGCAUGGUCGUAGACGGAGGCUGAUCAAGUGCAGAAAAACCACACAGUCUUUUGAGGAAACCAGUCAGAGCUGUGUGCUAACACCAACUGCAGGCAACCACCAUGCUAUUCACAACAUUAGUCUAGGACCAUCAGCAUUUGUUGACAUCCUGGGUCCUCCUUAUGCACAAGACAAAGGACGAGAUUGUACAUACUAUCAGGAAUGUGAUCCUCCAGCAUACCAGCAGGGUACACCCAUAGUAGAAGACAACAAUGACAGGUGGAUAAUGGAGAUUCCUCCUCCAAGGGACUUUUUCUGUAACACUCAGCCUUACAGUGGACCACCCGUGAGCCUUCAAUUAAUAUCUGAACCGUUAGAGCAAUAAAAAGUGAGACACAAGUGCACAGUGGCCGGGAGGUCGUUUACAAGUAAAAGAUUGUGGAGAUGCGUUAUGCAAGGUGGCUUAUCUCCAGACUAGUUUGAAAGUAAAAGUUUUCAUGAAAUGUCUCGUAUGUCACUGGGUACUAUCUGUAAUGUGUGCAUCAGAUUGCAUGCAAGUAAUCUCACCCAUGUGCAUAAGAAAAAUGUCACUUUAGCCUAAAUGUAUGUACAUAAUAUAUAUUUAUCAGAUAAGUUACUUCUUGCAGAGUUUGAAAGGAGUACUUAAUUAAGCGCUAGGCGUACUUAUUUCGAUAUCAACUUUUUUCAAUUUUCUACUUUCAAUUCUAGAGAUUUAAACCAUUUUACUAGUAAUUAAAUGAUAUCUAGAAACAAGCAUGGAGCAAUGCAAUGAUCACUUUUUUUGUGACAUUGCUUCAAACUGCAUUACUGGUGAGGCUGCAAGUUAUUUUGUAAAAUAAGUAUGGAAAAGAAAGUACAAUGACAAUGAUAUUAAGUAGUAGAUUUUAAUGCCCCUUUACCAUAUACGGUCAAGAGAAAAGAGAUAUAGGAGUGCAUAUUUAACCGUGGAAUUAAAUAUUAUACCUGAUUAUUAUGCACUUUAGGGUAGAGGAAAAAGGUGGGUUGGGCCAAGGCAGUGGCCAUAGGUUAGGUUCCAUGGGGUAACAUGCAUAACUCAAUGUACAUACUGGGGAAUUUUGAAUGAAAGUGGCACGCCUCUGAACAAGCUAGGUGUUGCUAAACACUUUGAGCAGCAUAAUAUAUGAUAUUUUAAACGUAUAGUUUUAUCACUGUGAUAUUAAUUAACACUGCAAUAAAUUGACACUCAAAAGGCGAUAAGAGUAGACUAGUUCUACACUAAGAACAAUCUAUAGAAAACAAUUGUUAAAGGAGAAUGUAUAAAGACUGAACAAUGAUGGUCUGGCAAGGCCUACCAGUGGUUUAUUUGCUUAAAAAAGAAGAGAUUACAAUAAUAGGAAAUCGCCGAAAUUAUUGAAGUACCUGUCAUUAGGGCCAGAAGCGAUGUUAUGUAUUUUGGCAUCGCCGUUAAAGGGGAUGAUAUUCUAACUUUGCACAUGAAAACUACUGUGAUAUGUACAUGUAGUCUGGUGGAUUCCCAUUGCCUAGCCCGAUGGCCUACUGCACGGUUUGUCACUGCCCUGUCUUUGUCUCUGGAAUGUACUGUGUUUGUGGUACAAUUCUAUAGGUAAAUCUGUAAAGGUAUGGAAUAAGAUGAAUUUACCAAAACGGUUAAGUUGUCAGAGAGCAUAAGUAAAUAGAGAGAAGAUAAGUAGUAACUGUCGUGAUGGGAAUGUAACGUUGUUAAGUCAAACAGGAUCGUAAUGGCUCUUUGAAAAGUUCUCGUGUGUUUCUUGUCGUAAGUGAUGUCUGUUAUGCGGGACGGUAUGUUAUUGCAUUUUUGGCAUUUUCUGGUUAGGCCUUUUGCCUGACUCAGUGAAGGAGGCUAUAACUUAGUGCUGGUCAUGGAAUCAGUCUUGAUGUUUGCACGUGUUCCAUUCUAUUGUAGUGUAGUUUCAUAUUGUAUAAUGUUUGUUAUUUUAUUUGGCAUUUUAAGAUUAUCUAGAUGUUUUGUUUUCCGUUGAAAGGGAGUGAAGUGAUAAAGGUACCGAUCAAUUCAUGAAGUUGGAACAAUUGAUAUCACUAUUUCAGAGGAGGUUUCCAAAUGUUUGUAGUAUGAACAAGAAUCUGUAACUCAAAUAUAAAUGUAGCACCGUAGGUACCAUAACCAUACACGUUUUAAAACAGAACUUAUUUAUUGUUACGCGUAAUGUACAGUUGAUGAUUAUGAUACUCUUAAUCUUGAGUAAGUCAAUUUUUUUUGGAAUGGUUCCAUUAAAUUUGCAGGGAAGGCUAUUAUCAA